ACAUAGAAGAUAAGAAGGUUCAAAUUCUGCGUGCAUGACAUACUAUGAAUGCUCAGACAGAGACACUCAACUCAUAUCUCACAGGAACUUUGUUAUCUUCCAUAUUGAUUUUUCAUGACUCAAUUUUCGAACGGUUUUCUCUAGCCAGUAUCGAGAUCGGCUUAUAUUAAAUCUAGGAGAUUCUGAGAUACUACGAAGUAGAAAACUACUAUUCCGAAAAUUGAAAAAUCUGAGAUAUAUAUGUUGCUAGAUUGAGCAAAUAUAUUUGUUACCAAUUAACACGGUUGUGUCAACACAGAUGGAAAAUUUAGCGUAAGUCACUGCUGAGAAGCUUUAUUUAAAUCGGAGAGGAAAUUCCUCUUUGCUACGUAUUUUCUACGAAGUCAACCUUGAUAAUCAUAAUUCACUAGCGAUGCGACUACUAGCCAAUGGUUGAAGUGUCACAUGAUUAGUUAUAUUUACCCCUCCACUUCUCUUGACUCGACUUGUUGGACAGAAUGUCUCAUAUCUUUUGUUACGUCACAUGUUUACAUGUUGUAUAUACAUAUAUUCCCAUGUGCACAUGCACAUAAGUAGAUAGGUUACAGCCGUUACAGGCCUGCAGGUUUCAAGAGGAACACUUAUACAGACCUUCUUUCUGAACACUGAACACGCAGCAGACCUACAGUUCUGUGCAUUAAAAAAAACAAUGUUGAGAAUUCUGAUGAAUUUGUCGGUGAUUGAACUAGAAAUUUCUUUUGCUCAUUGAAAUACAUAACGAAAAAUGGGAAAUUACAUGAGAAAAAUUGCAUCGAUGUCAAAUAAUGCAGUGCACUCCGUAUACCGUGGUCGCAAACGAAAGUGCAUCGAGGAAGAUGAUUUUGAUUCUGAAUCGGAUUACAUCGAUCGGACGCUUCAAACACCGAAAAAAAGGAAAUUGCUGACAACAGCACAAUACAUUUACAAAACCUUGUUCCAAGAAGAAAAAGGAAGUGAUAUAACUGUGCUCAUGUUGGGCAAAGCAUGGAGGUUGCAUAAAGUCUAUAUUAGUCAGAGUCCGUAUUUUGCAAGUAUGUUUUCAGGAUCUUGGAGAGAAGCAAAUGAGACAGUUAUAAGUGUAGAAAUUGCUGAUCCUAACAUUACAUUGGAUUCUCUUUUGACAGUCUUUGGUUCUUUUUACCAAGAUGAGGUCAGUUUAGAACCAAAAGAGGUCAUACCAAUUUUGGCUACCUCUACAUUAUUUCAAUUACAAGGAUUAAUUGACCAAUGUACAGAUAUUAUGGUAGAGACAACAAAUAUAAAAACAGUCGUUCCUUAUUAUAAUGCUGCUGUAUCUUAUGGUGUGCCAGUAGUAAAAACUGCAGCAAAACGGUGGUUAGAAGUAAAUCUCUUAGGAUAUGGAUGGUUACAUCCUACCUUUUUAAAAGAAAUUACACCUGAUUUGAUGGUUGAAUUGAUUGCUAGUCCUGAUUUAAUUGCUAUGCAAACAGAAUUUUGCAUAUACAUGAUGUUACGUGUAUGGCUAUUUGUUCAUGUACAUAAUAAAGAGGAAACACUUCAAAUUGAUGAAUAUUUUAGAAAUCAUAAAUGGACGAAACCAUUCCUUACAACAGAAGAAGGCAAAGAAUUUGCAGCACCUUUUAAAGCCCUGAGAAUGAAAUAUCUUUUAUUGCACGAUCAAGAUGUAAAAAUUUUAUAUAGUGACAACUUAAUACCACAUGAGUGGUUACAUAAUGCAUAUAAAGAACAAUGGUUACAUUUACUAAGAAUAGAUGCGAAUAAAGAUCGAGGACCAAAACAAAUGAGUGAAGAAGAGUUUGCUCGUGAAUGUUUCCGUUGCGGAAGGUGCAUUGAAAAAGCUGGCGAGCAUAUUUGGAGAUGGACAGCGUUUCAUUUUGGAUUAGAUUUGGUGGUGUGCUUGGAUAGUACUACUUUGAGGAUUAAGAGAAAUCAUAGAUUAGAUACAGAUCAUAUAAAAGCUAACCAUAGCAAGCACAAAAUAAUUUUAAAAGUAAGUCUAAUUUCAUUGGACGAACAACGUCAAGUAAAACACAUUCAGAGUUCGGGUAUGCUUAGGUUGUCACUCCAUAAGAAUGAAGAAAAACAAGUGAUGUCUCUGGAUAAACAACUUACUUAUCCUUUAUAUAUAUCAGUCAACAUGCAAGUAGUUACUCCAUUUGUAUCAACGGAAAAGGAAAAAUCAGCUGAUAUAAUUAUCUUGUCGAAUACAUAGCAUAUUGAACAUUCAACGUUUUCGAAACAUUCGAACUGAAUCCAACGUACGCUUACCUCAGAUAACAAACCGGCUGUUCCAAUUUAUAAUACUUGAGUAUGAUUAAAUGCUAUAAAUUUUGUUACUCACCCACGUGACUUUUAUAUUGUGGAUAUGCUAAUUUCUGAUUAAAAUUUUUAUAAAUUCAAGUGCUUCUAGUCGACUAAAUGGAAUUACGAUGUUAGUAUAUGUAUACGAAGAAAGUUUCAUUCUUCUGUUUUGUACUUUCCAGAUAUAUUAUAAUUCAGAUACUUAUCUUUCCUUAUGUGAAAUUGCACUUAUUACUUAUAAAAAAAUAUUAAGACUAUUAAAAAAUGUAGCUAAUUUUCA